GGGAUUACCAAGACCGGAGCGGAUUUGGCUUUGGAAUAGUUUAUUUCAGGUUAAUUUGUCUCUGAUUUGGAAUUUGCUGUUUUACGGAAUGCUUGAUCGAUCGUUUGUUUGUACUUAAUGUAUUUAUUUUUAAUUUUGUGCUAGUUAUAACUUCAUUAAACGCAGUUUAAACAAUGGUGAUUUAAGUGUGCAAUCUUAUGAUUUCAAGUAACUGCCACAUAUUUUUAUUUUCUGUGUAAAAUGUGAGUCAAAAAUAUUAAAAAUGACCAUAACAUUUGCGAAUAAGAGCAAAAUAAUGACUGAAAUGAUGAAGUUUUCGUUUCAUCACAGGGCUUUUUACUGCUACCUUGGCAUGAGCAUUUGGAUAUUCUUCCUGAUAACAGUUAUGUAUAAAUAUAUGUCAGUGAGCGAGGAUGCCACUCUACCAAAGAAAAUAAUUCGUAAUGAAUACACAUUAUCAAAGGCUGAUUUAAAAUUUAGAAAAAUCUAUCUACGAGCUUGUCAUCCACCUGAUAGUAUUGUAAGAGGAGCCGAAGGUGCAGUAGACAAUGAUGCUUGGUUACUUCAAGGAGUGCUCGUUAUAACCAGGCAUGGGGACAGGGGGCCCCUAACGCAUCUCAAGGGAGGAGAUAAGCUGCCCUGUGAUUCGGUCCCUGUUUCACCUCUGUUGAAGAGUUACAUGGAGUACGUGACGAACGGCAGCGCGUCGGGGCGCGCGUGGUGGGUGUCGGCGCCGGGCCCGUUCCACAACUUCCCGCCGCUGCCGCCGCGCGCCGCCGGCACGUCGUGCGCGCUCGGGCAGCUCACGCCGCGCGGCCUGCUGCAGAUGCUCACCGUCGGUAAUAUAUUAAGGGAGGCUUAUGGAGAGAGACUUGGGCUCGAUCACUUAGACACACAGGGGAAACAUGAUACAGGCGGCGUGGUGUCGUACAGCACGCGGUACCGGCGCACGUUCCAGUCGCUGUCGGCGCUGUGGUGGGGCGCGGCGCGCGCGGGCGCGGGCGCGCGGCUGGCGGCGGCGCGCGAGGCGCACAGCGUGGCCUUCUGCUUCCGCGACUGCGCCUGCGCCGCGCACCACGCGCUCAACAAGAAAAUAAACAUACAAGCAAGAAACCGUCUAGACUCCCAUCCAGCGAUAAAAGACUUAGUCGAUAAACUAUCGAAAGUUCUAUUCGAGACGCAAGAACGAACCGACGCGGACGUCGUAAGAGAUGCCCUGUUAGCCUACAUGUGUCACGACGCCUCCCUGCCAUGUACGGAAAAGCCAAAACACACCAAAACGAAACUAUCUAUCGACAAACGAUAUAAAAUUCGCGGUGAGAGGGUCAGCUCUAGAAACCUACUCGAUAUCGAUAUCGAUACUUUAAACAUGGAACUCGAUUAUAUAAACAAUCAGGUCGAUUUCAAUAACGAUAUUGGGAGGAAGGCUAGAGAUAUUAUAGGGAAAUACUAUGAUAGUAAAGAUAAGAAGGCGCCGUUGGAUUUUGAUGCUCAGAUGGAGAGAGAGAAACUUUUGUACUACCAGCAGAGGUAUAUGGACAACGCUGACUCCUAUGACGAUGUUGUUAUAGUCAAGAAGAAUUUAGACGCGGAUUUCAACUUCCCCAACGAUGCACGGAUGGACACCGAUUUCGAUGAGGAUUACAAAGAGCCUACACCCGAAACCGAAGACUUUUGCAUCAAAAAGGAACACGUUAUGUCCCUAUUCGCAUAUUUAGAAUGGAGUUAUAGGCAGGAAAUUAAAAAUAUACACAACAGACGGCGCGGUUUGCUAGUCGCGUACGGGUUAAUGCACAAUAUAGUGCAGAAUAUGAUCCGUAUGAUAUCGGAGAACAAGCCGAAAUUUGUCGUAUACUCGGGACAUGAUAAGACCCUACAAGCACUGAUAUUGGCUUUGGGGUUGAACAACUACCAACAUUAUAAUAUACAAUACGCUUCCAGAAUGAUCUUUGAGGUGUACAGAAAGGAGGAUUUGCGAGACGAGUUCAAAUUUACGAAGAGGAAAGCGAUCGCGCAAGACUUUUAUUUCCGUGUCGUUUACAACGGUGAAGAUGUGACGAAUAAAUUGAGUUUUUGUAAGUCAAGGCAGAAUGUUGUUAUGAAAGUCGUAGACCCCAUAGACGAUAUGAAAAUCUACAAUACAUAUCUAUGUUCUAUUGAAAAUAUAGUUAGGUUUAUACACGACGAUUAUUUCGCUCCGUUUAAUGUGAGUAAUUAUAAGGAUGCGUGUGCGACGUACGGCAGUGGUAAGCACACGUACUGACUCAAUAAUGUGUCAUUGUCUUACAUAUCUUAUACAUCAGAAUAGGAUUCACCGUUGUUUUAAUUUAACUUCAAUACCGGUCCUUUAUCGUAGCGCCAGUAUGUUUUUUUAUAAGUGUACGACAAAGUGAUGGAAGGUGGAGUGGGGUCCAAUGGAAUGUCGACUGGCCAAUGAUUACCCCUCGACAGUCGACACAAUUAUGCCGGCCUGCUGGAACCGGAUAUAUAUAGGCUGAUCCCGAAAUGGGACACAUUUACGUGAGCCAGUAUGGCGGGUUUUAACUCUUUGUGUACGGUUGUCUUUCAAAAAUAUCCUACCCCGUUCCUUAUUGUGUCUAGAUCAUCAAUGGGUCCAUUGUCCUAUUUUAUAGAAAUUUAUUUAAGGUUUUCAUUUAUUUCAAUUAACUUCAGCGAGACUGCUUUAGGUUUAAUAAGUUUUAACAUUGACUAGCUCAAAAGUAUUAACACAGAAAUAUUUAAAAACAUAAUAUGAUAUGCUUUAAGUUAUUUGUGCAAGCACAAAUUCCUUUUGUGAUGACAACACAGCCUUUGACAUAUCAGUGUUGCCAGUAUAUUGGCCAGUAUUAUUUACUACCGCUAAAUCAAAUUCUAUGAUUUCUGUACUUGUCGGUUACGUAUAUAAUCAAUUGAUCUCAUUUACAGCCGUCAUAUAAGCCUUACUAAUCCAGUGAUAAUAUAACCAAAUGAAACAGUUUUUUUUUCAUUUCGUAUUAGAAUUUACUUGGAUAUCGUUCUGUUAGAUCUCAUUAACCGCCGUUUUCAUUAAACGAUCCCGAACGCUUUUUUCGAUCUAUGUCAAAAAUGGACCAAUCAGAACAAAUUGUUUUGACAUGCUUACAAAUGAGUCAUUUUCAUUGGUUCGUUCUCGGAAUCGGAUUGAAGAUUAAGAUUGGGAUCGUUUAUUGAAACCGGUUGUGAAACAAUUUGUGAUAGCGAUCUUUUUGGAAUUUAUGAAGUUAUUCCCAACUGUCUCAUAGAAGAAGUAUUUUGAAUUGUAUAAAAAAAGUGGUUUUUGCAUGAGUUUUUUUUAAAUAAUUUUCGUUACUUAUAUCUUAUGACGAUUUUGAUGAUAACUUGUGUUGAAUUAUAAUAGGGUAUAUGACUUUUUUUAUUACUUUUAUAAAGUACGUCGUAUAAAUUCUAAAACAGAAGAAAUCAUUGAAGUCCCAUGAAAAAUGUUCACGUUAUAAGCCAUUAAAAUUUGGUAGAAGGAGUGUGUCAAAAAAUAGAAGAGACGAAAUACCUGCAUGUGACGUCAGCGGGCAUUACAUUGCGUGCGAAAGAAAGAGAUGAAGCGAUAUCCCUACUCCACGCUCACUCCGGUACGCAGCAAUAUUUGAAAUUUCAUUUACUGCCUCAUUCCUUAUCGAAUUUUAAUGCUGUUGUUACAGAAUAAUUUCUUUUUUUAUACUAAUUGCUGUUACAUAUUAAAAAAUACAUAAAAUCAAACAUAGUCAAAUACCCUAUUGUAUUUAAUCGGCAAAAAAAAAGAAUAUUCAAUUAUAGACAGUAUUUAGGAAUCGCUUAUUUGAAACUUGGAAUAAUUUUUGAUUUAAAAUUGUGUUUACGUGAAAAGACUUAUAAGACUGCAUUGAAAUUAUUUAACCGUGUAUUUAUGUAGUUGUAAUUUAUUAUAUAAGUUUUUAGUUUUUCGUUUCGUCCAUUUAUAGAAGCUAAGAAGGCUAACUAUUACUGAAAUAAGUUAAUAUUAUUUAUUUAGGUCUAACAAGUUUGAACGAAAAUUUUGUUCUUGUUACUUGUGCCGACCUGGUUUACCUUUAUUUUGUAUCACUUAAUUGAAAUGCCUGACCAGGAAAAUAAAAAACCUGGUUAUGUUGUGGUAAAUAUAGGAGUAAUUUUUUGUACUGUCAACCUUAACUGAUAAACGAAAAAGCGAAAGUGACGCCCCCAAAGGCAAGUUUUUAUUUUCCUGCUCUGGAUAUAGUAGCUAGAAAUUUAAAAGAUAAGGCACCUUUACACGCCACAAAUAUGGAACUUAACUCAGAUUUUUUUAAAGGUAUAGUGCGGUCAGGCAUAAGUGCGCCAGCUACAGUUCAGCAAUGUAGAGUUAUUUUUGCUUUGUAUUGCAAGUCCCGAUAGAGACGCCCAUAGAGAACCUUCUGACGGUAUUAACUUAUCAAUAUGUAAUCAGUGUAUACUUUUCAAAACAACAUAUCAAAAAAGCAAUUAUCAUAUUAAAUUGGUUUAAAAUGUAC